GACCGAAACGUCGUAAUUUUUGUUGUUUUACCUACGUGACUUUACCGAAUAGAACCAAAGAGUAUAUUAGCAGUUGAAGUCCAAUCAGUAAAUCGUAUACAUGUAGACAACCAACCGCAUGUCUUCACUGGGUUCUCAAUGAAUAUGUUAUGUUUAUUUAAGUUAAAAUGGUUUGCAAAGCCAAAUACGAGGAUUAAAAAAAAUCCCCCUUAAUGUUUAAAUAUCAUCUAAUUUCGCCACAGGAAGCACGAAGGAUAAAUCAUUGUUAUUUUUAUUAAUCAAAUAAUUUCUCAAAUUUCUAAUUGUAAAAAACAGGUAUUGCUCGAGGUUACAUAUCAAACAAUCAUAGCAUACGCUGCUUGUGUUAUCACUCUUAAACACAAACUGAUGGCUUAUGGGUGAGGCUAUAUGGAGUAGAUCUAAUAUUAAAUAAUUUCGGCCAUUUGGCUGGAAAACCUAUUGCACGUGGAUGUUCGGUGGUGAAAAAAAACUACUUAUCGGCACACAGCACGCAAAUGGCAGUCAUUAAACAUAACAAAAAACACAGUCGGAAAAUUGACUUGUGGAAGAACCAGUUUGGCUGCAAAAAUGUUCCUGCCCAGGGCAGCUAACAAUGGGAACCAUGCAACCUGUGUUUACCCACUCGCUCUUACGUACUUCCCCUGCCAAACCAUCCAGCAAAGAGAGAUAGACGGCUUACGCCCCACCUCAGUUACAUCCCCGACACCGUACGUAGCACUACGUCUCUGAGACUCGGUCGGUCUUACAAAAUAAGAGCAGCGCCACCCAUCACCACUAGCUGUGAAAACAUCGCCGCGUGUGCGGCCAGAGCUGGGAGAUUGUUUGGGGGGUGCUGCUGCUGGAGACGACGGGACGCCAUGUAUCGGCCUUGAAGCUCGAGUUUGCGUUGAGAAGAGGAACGCGAUUUAUUUCUGCCGCCUCCCUUUCGUCGCCUUCAGUCACAACUGCGGGGAACUUUGAACCCAACGUGUUUGAAACCGACAGCAGCAGCUUCCCACCGUUCCAACUGUUCACAUCAAUGUUACUUCUCAAGACACGCCUGUGUAUAGAUUUCCCUUGACCCCUGGACUGAUCUGGGAGGCAGGGCAGGCAAGCGGCUGUGCUUAAAGCAACAGGAUGAAAGACAGAUUGCAAGAGCUUAUUACAAUAUCGCACAAGACCGAAGAUGGUAAAUCGGUCGUGGAUGACGAAGUCGACAGCAGGCAGGAAUCCGUCAUCUUUGAGCAUGAAUCCCCCAUCCCAUCCCUGCACGAGGAAACCGAGGCGAUCCAGGAUGAAAUCGAGCGCCUCCAGUCGGACGUGCGGCGCAUGGGCAAGCAGAACGCGCGCUUCCUCACCUCCAUGCGGCGCCUCAGCAGCAUCAAGCGCGACGCCAACGCGGUGGCGCGCGAUGUGCGCCUACGCGCCGAGCGGCUGCACAAGCGUCUGCAGCUGCUGACUGCCAGCUGCGAGCAGCUAGAGGCGCGGCAAGGGGCACAGUCAGCGGCGGCGCGCAUCAUCCGCGCGCACGUCAAUGCCCUCACCCAGCGCUUCCACCAGGUGAUGCUGGAAUACAAUGCAGCAGAAAUAGCGCAGCGGGAAAACUGCAAGCGGCGCAUCGCCCGGCAGCUGGAGAUCCUGGGCUCGCAGCCGGCGUCGGACGCCGAACUGGAAGAACGCAUCGAGCAGGGCAACUGGGAGGUGUUCGCCAUGGGCAUCCUUGGGGAGACGCGCUCCGCCAAGGCAGCCCUCAACGAGAUCGAGCAGCGCCACCAGGAGCUACUCAAGCUGGAGCAGCGGCUGCGUGAAGUCCAUGAUCUCUUCUUGCAGAUGGCACUGCUGGUGGAAGAGCAGGGCGAGAUGGUCAACAACAUCGAGAACACGGUGACCAACACGCAGGACUACAUUGCGCAGGCCAAUGAGACUUUCCAGAAGGCCAUCAAGUACCAGAACCGGAACCCGUUCCGGAAACUGUUGCGCUGCUGCUGUUGCUGCUGCUACAGUUAACACCUGCCCUCCUCCGCUACGUUAUCUACGCUUUUAGCUGACCCCGCGGAAGAUCGGAUCACGCCCCCCAACCUUCCGCUGACAUUGUCUGCUGCGAAUUCUGCCUGUCUCCCACGUGCUGACUUACAACCCUCCCGGCCCAGCGAAAGCUUUUUUUCUAUUAAGAGUUCGCCGGCUGGUUUCCACGGAAUAUGUUACUCCAGGUUAUUCCACAUGUUGAGUAUUUCUUCUCUGCAAGCGUCACCAUGCACUACCUCUGGGGCAUAUUCAGGAUUUGUUGAAGUUCAACUCCUGAAGGUGCCCCGCAGCAGUGCGGCAAAAUCUCAAAAUAAUAAAAAUCUCAAUGCGUGGCCUAACCCAGAAGACCACCGCUCGGAUCACGAUUGUCUGCAGGAGUCUGCGUGCUAAUUAAUAUGUUUAAUUGUUAACUCAGUUUUACCCCCCUGAGUGCAUGUUUGUCUGAGGCAGAAACAUGCAUGCUUAAUUACUGCAUGCAUUCUUCAUGCACUGGUGGGAAUUUGGAUGCCUGCUUCGCUGCAGGGCCACUUCAAUUAUUUCCUCUUUGGCAGUAGGCUACGACUGUCGCGAGAUGCAGUUGUCGCCGUAAAUGUUUUCAA